UUUAAUCGGAUUUACUCCAGUAUCUUCACGGACCCUCACAAGUGGAUUGUAAUCCACUUGAAGAAGCAGCAACCUUUGGACUGAAUCUGAACAAUGGAGACACUGCUAGCAAAAACAGCACAGCAAAGGCAAGUCGUUUUUCUUACUAUAUUGUUUGUAUUGUGGGAAUCAGGCUCUGAGGCAAUUAGAUAUUCCAUACCAGAAGAAACAGAGAGUGGCUACUCGGUGACAAACCUGGCAAAAGAUCUGGGGCUCAGGGUUGGAGAACUGGCCACUAGAGGAGCUCAGAUCCAUUACAAAGGGAACAAAGAGCUCUUACAGCUGGAUGCAGAGACCGAGAAUUUGUUCUUGAAGGAAAAACUGGACCGUGAGGCACUGUGUGGGGCGACAGAACCCUGUAUACUGCACUUCCAGAUCAUACUGGAAAACCCUGUGCAGUUCUUCCAAACUGAACUGCAACUCACUGAUGUAAAUGACCAUUCUCCAGAGUUCCUUGACACAGUAAUGCUGUUAACAAUCCCUGAGAGUGCCCAGCCAGGGACUGUGUUUCCUCUGAAGGCAGCUCAGGACCCUGACACAGGGAGCAACGCUGUUCAGAACUAUACAGUCAGUCCAAACCUCCAUUUCCAUGUUAUUACUCACAGUCGCUCAGAUGGCAGGAAAUACCCAGAGCUGGUGCUGGACAGAGCCCUGGACAGGGAGGAGCAGCCUGAGCUCACUUUAACCCUCAUUGCUGUGGAUGGUGGAGCCCCGCCCCGGUCUGGGAUCACCACAGUUCACAUUGAAGUUGUGGACAUCAAUGAUAAUGCCCCCCAAUUUAUACAGUCACUCUAUGAGGUGCAGGUUCCUGAGAACAGCCCCCUUGAUGCUUUAGUUGUCACAGUCUCUGCCAGGGAUUUAGAUGCUGGGAUAUAUGGCAAUGUAGCCUAUUCUCUGUUUCAAAGUGAUGGAGUAGCUCAACCAUUUGUAAUAGACAAAGUCACAGGAGAAAUCCGUCUGAGCAAAGAGCUGGAUUUCGAGGGAAUUAGUCAUUAUAACAUAGAAAUCACAGCCACGGAUGGAGGGGGCCUUUCAGGAAAAUGCACUGUGGCUGUACAGGUGUUGGAUGUGAAUGACAAUCCCCCAGAGUUGGUGAUCAGGAAGCUCACAGUCCCUGUCCCAGAAAAUUCUGCAGAGACUACAGUUGCUGUUUUUAGUGUUUCUGAUUCUGAUUCGGGGGACAAUGGAAGGACGGUGUGUUCUAUCCAGAACAAUAUCCCAUUUCUCCUGAAACCCACAUUUGAGAAUUAUUACAGUUUAGUGACAGAAGGACCACUGGACAGAGAAAGCAGAGCUGAGUACAACAUCACCAUCACAGUCUCCGACAUGGGCACACCCAGGCUCACAACCCAGCACACCGUAACAGUGCAGGUCUCUGACAUCAACGACAACGCCCCCGCCUUCACCCAAACCUCCUACACCAUGUUCAUCCGUGAGAACAACAGCCCCGCCCUGCACAUAGGCACCAUCAGUGCCACAGACUCAGACUCAGGCUCCAAUGCCCACAUCACCUACUCGCUGCUGCCGCCCCAAGACCCACAGCUGGCCCUCGACUCGCUCAUCUCCAUCAACGCAGACAACGGACAGCUGUUCGCGCUCAGGGCUCUGGACUAUGAGGCGCUUCAGGCCUUUGAGUUCCACGUGGGCGCUACAGACCAAGGCUCGCCUCCGCUCAGCAGCCAGGCCCUCGUGCGUGUGGUAGUGCUGGAUUAUAAUGACAAUGCGCCCUUCGUGCUCUACCCUCUGCAGAACGCCUCAGCACCCUGUACCGAGCUACUACCCAGGACAGCUGAUCCCGGCUACCUAGUCACCAAGGUAGUAGCUGUGGAUCGCGACUCUGGCCAGAAUGCCUGGCUGUCAUUCCAGCUACUCAAGGCUACUGAGCCGGGGCUAUUCAGCGUGUGGGCUCACAAUGGCGAGGUGCGCACUACCAGGCUGCUGAGUGAACGAGAUGUUCCAAAGCACAAGCUCCUGCUGCUGGUAAAGGACAAUGGCGAUCCCCUGCGCUCCGCUAGUGUCACUCUUCACGUACUAGUGGUGGAUGGCUUCUCACAGCCUUACCUGCCAUUGGCAGACGUGGCACGGGAUUCCACGCAGGACGAUUAUGACGUGCUCACGUUCUACCUAGUCAUUGCCUUGGCAUCUGUAUCUUCACUCUUCCUUUUCUUUGUGCUGCUGUUCGUAGGGGUGAGGCUGUGUCGGAGGACCAAGGCAGCCUCCCUGGGUGACUACUCUGUACCUGAUGGACACUUUCCUGGCCACCUGGUGGAUGUCAGUAGAGCGGGUACCCUGUCCCAGAAUUAUCAGUAUGAGGUGUGUCUUAAUGGAGGUACUGGAACAAAUGAGUUCAACUUUCUUAAACCAUUGUUUCCUAUCCUUCCGACCCAGGCUGCUGCUGAAGAAAGAGACAAUGCUGCUGUUCGCAGUAGCGUUGAAUUUUAUUAGGGCGCUUAUUUUGAAGUGGUGGUUACCGCAUUUUUCUUUAACUAUCUCUGAUGUAGAAUUGCAUAGUGUCAUGAAUCAACUCCUGAGAUAUAUGUUUAAUUUAUCCUUCGUUUUGGAUUAAACUGUUCAUAUGUGAUGCCACUCUAGAGAAUUUGGUUCUACUGCAUUGUGUUUGUUUAUAUUUCUAUACCAUACCGAUGCAUGCUUGUUGUUUACAAUUAUAAUAUUGCUUGUGGUGGGAACUUAUAUUUGCUGUAAGGAAUUGAAACUGCUUUCAUUGUUAGAGAUGCCUUGUUUUGUUUUUGUUAUUUCAGACAGGGUCUUACAUUGUAGCC